GCCAAACAUAAAUACACUUACUUAAAAAAGUAGCGAGGAUAUUUUCACAGCGGAACGAUAUUAUCUACUUACAUGGAGUCCGAUAAUAACUUAUUGACAGUGAAAGGAUAAGGUUUCAACAAGUGUGCACAGAUCUGUUAUACCACCGAUUGUACGAAACCUUCAAUUAUAGCCGUAUGAUCAAUCGAACGAAAGAAACGAUACAGAAAAGCAAACGUUACGAUGGUGAGAUACGACAAAUGCGUUGAGGCACUGUACGACUUGAGGACGAUCGAGGAUCGUACAAAAACCCUACAGAUUCUUAAAGUCAUGAAAGGCGCUAUCAGCAUGUCUAAAAGUCGGACGGGCGAGUGUAUUUUCCGGACCAACAAAACGGUGAAGCAAGAUUUGGACCGAUUAGUGAAAAUCGAGGGCCGAAACUCCCGCUAUAAUAUCUCGCAGAUUGAUACGAACAAAAAAUUCGUGGUGAGGCGCUGGUCCCGUAUCUUGCAGAACCAGAUGUCGUGCUCGUCACAGACCUUGUUCGAGGAAAUACUUGAAAUAAAAGAUCCGGGACACACCGACAGCCCCCAAAGUGUACGAAUCGAAGACGGGAAACUCAAGUCUCUCAUAGACCUGCGACUCACCAAACUGGCGGAGCUUUCCGAUGCCGGCGGAAUACAGGCGAGGGCACGACAAAUAGUCGGAGGUCACGUAAGCACACAGCAGAAACCCGAAGCUGACGACACAAAGGCGAAAGAGCCAGAGUUUGUGACCGAGAAAAAGGAAAUAAGAACAAAAUACUCAAUGGAGGAUCUGUCUGAUACUUCCACCCAAAGCCGCCAUAAUGCCGUGUUGUCCAAAUCUCUGCCCGCAAGUACGCACCCGAAGCCCGUGGUCAACAUUUCUGGUAUCAGACGGGAGCAUACAAUUGCACAUGCGCAGACAGAAGAGCGACUUCCGGUAUUAGAUCGGGACCUCACAGACUGGGGCAACUGGCAACUGAAGGACACAAGCUGGAUAACAGGCUACAUCCAGCGCGAGAGGACGAAGCACGAGGACUUGAUCAUUCGGAAUGCUCUGAAGAACAUCGAGAACGAGAUGUCUGGUGCCAACACGAUUAAGCGUCACCAGGUGCGACAAAAGCUCAAAGUUGACCAACAUGUCCGAGAGGCAGAAUUACGUCAUCAGCUUCGUCAAAGCAGCGAAUCAGGCAGCGAUAAUACGACACCACUUGGUUUGUCAAAAACACCACGUGACCAAAUGUCCACAAUCGCAAAUACUGCCCACAUGACGUCACAAGACCCGCCUUGCAAAAAGACUGUAGGGUUUGCUAUGCCAGAGGCGGAAGUUUUAAACUCCGAGCAGACGCAAGUUGCCUGGUCUGCCAAUGCAAAUGACCUGUCUGCAUACAGACACAGAAAAUCAACGCAUAUGUUGAUGCAAAGCAAGAGGCAAAGUAUGCCGCGGCUUCCGGCGAUAAAAGAAGGCGCCCGCUCAACGAAGUAGAAUCUUCAUUAGCUGCUAUUAUGAAAGUGGUUUUGAUUCAUGUUUGAUAUUUUUGGAGCUAAAUAACAAUCAUAGGGCAGAGAAAUGACUGGUUUCGAGCAUAGCUUAGCAAAAUCCGUUUCGCUUAUAUGCACCGCGUGUCGAAGGUUGAUUAACAUUUUCUUGUUUAUUUUGUAUCUUGUAGUCAUUAUUUAUAAUUGUAUUUUAUAAUGUUCACCAUAUGUAAAAAUGUUAAUUAUGAUCAUUUAUUCGAGAAAAGAAAAUCUUAUUCAAAAGCAAGACAUAUUUCCACAUCUGGAUUUCUCCAACUGUAAAUGGGUUGUAUACCACGGUGUAUAUGCAUCUCGGUAGCCUCUCUGUCAAAAUGCUGCCUCUCUGUUCCUUCUCGGCUGCCUCUC